AUGUUGAUCCCAAAGUUAGAAACUGUUGAUCCUAAUCCGAUCAGCUUGAAAUCUAAAUUUGACCCGGAUCAAAUGCCAAUCGGAACCAAAUUACAAUCCCAUUCAAAAGGAAAGUGUUUUGAGAAAGCUGAAGAAAAAGGUCCCAUCAAUGAAGAGUGUUCAUAUCGAAGGGAUGAAUGGAGAAAAUUUAUUCCAUUGAAUAAUUUAUUGACAACAUUUAUCGUGGCUGAAAAGAGAUAG